AUGGAGGACGAUGUUAUAACUCCUCGGAAUUCCUACGGGAAAGAAAGCUUCCUAAUUAAUAAAUCCCCCAAAGCUCUUCUCAUAAAAAUUGCCCUUUUUGAAGUUUCCGAAAGAUCUUUCACUCCUGGCAAAACUUCCAAGAAAAAGCGAAACCCAAAGGUUGGAGAUCUGAAUAAAGACGAAAAGAAUUUUCCAGCAGAAGUCGAUCGAGAAUCGGGUCAUUAUCCCGAUAAGCAUAAACGUAAACAUCAAAAUAAUAAGGAGGACAAGUCGAUCAAAGUUACUCUCAAAGAAGAUCCUACAAUCGAAAAAUUCAAUUUUCGAGGUCCAUUUUUAGCUUCAUUUCAAGGUGUCCCCCCUCCUCAAAAUGUAGUAUUUAACACCUAUAGCAGUUCCAAUGGUAGGAAACUUAUGAUCGCAGGCGAAAAACCUCAAGUGACGUUUGAGUCAAAUGAACACGAAGCGGAUCAAUCCUCAGAAUACCUAAUUGCGAUAUAUAACAAGCCCACUAACACGGUAAUAUUUAGGCCGGCGCCA